AUGCCGACGACUGCAUCAGAUGUCUGCGUUGCCAUCCUCGCCAUCUUCAUCCCCCCUCUAGCUGUUUUGCUAGUACGAGGCUGCGGAGCGGAUCUGUGCAUCAACAUUUGUCUAACUCUCUUGGGUGACAUCCCUGGUAUAAUUCAUGCACUGUAA